AUGUGGGGAACUUCCAAAAAUGUCUUAUCAGAUGUUUGAAGAGCCAAUCAGAGGGCAGCUAUGGGUCCAUUUACAGGUAGUUAAAAGGGAGAUUAGAAUGAGGAAUCCAGAAUCCUGGUGAGAUAUUAACAAAGACGUGAAUGAUUGAGUGGAAUAUCCGUGUGUUUGUGGGUGUCAACAUGGCUGUGAGACUUUGAUCCCGGUGUGGGUGGGGAUGGGGGGGCCCGGGCCGGGUGACAGUCACAAGCUACCUGUGGACGGACACAGUCUGGAUACUUAACGGGUGAAUACUAACAACCUGCAAUCUGCCACUGGUUCAUGCUGGCCGUUCAUGGGCAGGCAGAGAUGGGGAUCUUAGUGUGGCUGGUGUUGGCUGUAAUACUGCUCUGCUCAGGGGUCCAGAGCCGCCCCCCUCCCCCUGCCUGCCCCAGCCCGUGCCUCUGUACUCCGGGCCCCACCCUCAACUGCUCCACGGCCGGCCUCUCCCUGGCCGCGCCUCUCCUACCAGCCUCUCUCUCCUCCCUGGACCUGUCCCAUAACCUCCUGACCUCCCUCAGACAGCGCUGGGCCCAGCCCUCACUCCGGAGGCUCUGGCUGGGACACAACAACCUCACACACCUCUCGCUGUGUGUAGGGGGGCCCCGACCCCCUCAUCAUGGCCCCCCAGGGGGCAUGGAGGGGUGUGAGUCCUGGGCCCCCGCCCUGGAGAUGCUCUUUGCCGAGAGAAACCUGCUGGAAGGACUCCCCAGGGGUCUGAAGGGCCUCAGGGCUCUGCAGGUGCUGCAUCUCCCCAACAACAGGAUCUCUUCUGUGGGGGAGAAGGACCUGGGACACCUGCCCCAUCUGAGAGAGCUGCUCCUGCAGAACAACCUCAUCUCCAUCCUCCAUCCCCAGGCCCUCCGACACCUGCCCCAGCUCAGGGUGCUGGACCUGAGUUUCAACCUGCUGACUACACUCUCCCCCACGACUCACCUGUGGCUGGGUGCCCUGGGGGGCGGGGCUAGCCUGCGAGGGAACAGCUGGAGGUGUGACUGCGCCCUGCGCAGCGUGCGGAGGUGGAUGACCCAUGACCGGGACCUCGGCCGGCGUAACUGGGGGGGGGUAGUGUGCGCGUGGCCCCCCUCCCUCUCAGGCAGAGAGCUGCUGCAGCUGGAGGAGGCAGAGCUAUCCUGCUCUAGGGUAGGGGCCAGUGAGGGGCGGCACCAGGAAGUGAUGGUGGAGGAGGGGACGAAGCUUCUGCUGCCCUGUGACUCACAACAAGGUUCACAAUGGCAGACUCCAAGGGGUGUGGCCUCUGGGGGCGUGUCUGGGCUGCUGAUCCAUGACAUCACAGCACAGGAUUCCGGGUUGUACGUGUGUGUGUCCGGGCCAGAGAGAGCGCUGUCCGUGUACGACGUGCAUGUCCACUUAACAAGAGAUCCCGGUCCAAGAGCAAGGACCAGAAACUCCAGGAGCUUGAACAGGGCAGGGCAGACACUGAGCCCACUGUCGGGCAGCCGCCCUCAGGGGGCAGCAGAGGGAGGAAAGUCCCUUGAGACCCCCACCAAGUCAGACCUGACACUGGCCAUCUGCCUCUCCGUCCUCAUCACCUUCCUUGUCGCUUUUAUCCUUGGUGUCCUUGCCAGGCCCCUGCUGGACAAGCUCUGCAGGAGGCUCCGCCCCAAACAAAGCCCCUCCUCCUCCACCAAUGGCCCCGCCCUUGACGCCCACUGUCCCUAUGAAAACGGGGCAUACUCGGACGAGGAAGAGGAGCAGGAGGGAGGACACAGCGAGAGGAGAGUAUCGUUCAGCCGCCCCGCUGGCGGCCUGAGGGACCCCGGCACUGUGGAGUACUACGAUACGUUGGCUGGCAGCGAACAGAACGACCAGGUGUAUGCCACAAUUGAGACGGAGGCGGUCUACGCUAACACUCUGCAGUGGGAACCCUCUCCAGGGACCCCGGAAGGAGGGAGACCCAGGGGACGUAACAACUCCGAGCGGGAGUCUGCCAGCGCAGACAGAGAGCAGCCACUAAGAGGUCACACCAUGGAAUUUGAGACCAUCCCUGAUCUUGACCCAGGGGAGGAGAGGGGGCGCCUGUCUGAGUCCUCAUCACACUCGUCCCACUCCUCACACAGUUCAGACGUACCAGGACGAAGAGGACAGGUCACCCAGAACAACCCCUGGGAGCCCUUGUCCCCACCUCAGACAGAUCUCCCCCUCCAGCAGAGGGUGGCCUCGCCUGUCGUCACCCAGGCCUCCACCCUUCCCUCCCCCGGAGCAGGGAGCGAGGUCCCCAGGUUCUCCUCUGAGCCUUUCGCUGACUGGAAGCCCAAGAUGGCUGUCGGGGAGGACCCAGAGCAGUACAACGACAGUGGGGAGAGUUUCGAGUUUUCAGAUUCCUUCCGAGGGGCUUCGGGCCGGUACAGUGAUUUAGGAUUCCCCACGGGGUCCGUGAGGAAACACUCCGACAGCUCGGUCUGCAGCGAGAGUGAAACCACGGAGUACACCGUCAACGUGGAGAGAGAGGAAGUGGAGGAGAAAGACGAGGCGGUGAAGGAUGCACAGCUGGCACACGGCACCUUGCUACCACCCGACCUCCAUCCCAGAGCCGGCGCUGAUCAGGAGCGCUUCCGUGACAAGCAGGUGGAGUCGUCUGGCUCCUCCCAGUCCAGCAACAGCGAUGGCGAGGACACCCAGUACACGGUGAACCGAGAGGAGGAUGAGGAAGAGGAGGUUAACCCCGUGCCACACCCAGACCCAGUGGCAAGGUGGGCUGGUCUGGGUCUUAAAGGACGACUGGAUAUCAAGGUAUCUCAGGAGAACACACCUGAGAGCUCCAGAACACCUCCACCUGCCUCUUCAUCCAGUGACAGUGAGGAAGAAACAAGUGAACAGAUAAACAGACAAACUAAAGUUCCAGACAGUUGUGACUCACCUUUCACUGUUGGAGGUGUUCCAGUAUCCUUUGCUCCAAGAAGAGCUCUCAACAUCCACUUGGACAACUCAACCAGCAGCAGAGAUGAGCAAGCAUGGAGGUCAACCAGCACCAAACACCAGGAACAGGAAAUCAAAUUUGCUUCUCCACCUGAGACCCCCAGAACACCUCAACCUGCCUCUUCCUCCAGCGACAGUGAGGAUGAGACCAGAGAACAAACUAAGGUUCCAGAGAAUCGUGACUCAUCUUUCAGUGUCGGAGGUGUUCCUGUAUCCUUCGCACCUAGGAGAGCUCUCAACAUCCACUUGGACAAAUCAUCUCAGUUAAGCACAGAUCAGUCCGCAUGGAGGUCCACCAGCACUAAAUACCAAGACCACCAAAUCAGGGCUGCUUCUCAAUUGUCAUUUGACAAAACUGUACCCUCUUCAUCCAGCGACAGUGAGGAUGAGACCAGAGAAAAAACUAAGGAUCCAGAGAAUCGUGACUCAUCUUUCAGUGUCGGAGGUGUUCCUGUAUCCUUCACUCCUAGGAGAGCUCUCAACAUCCACUUGGACAAAUCAUCUCAGUUAAGCACAGCUGAAAAUGCAUGGAGAUCCACAAGCACCAAAUACCAGGAACCGGAAAUCAAACCUGCUCCUCCACCUGAGAUCCCCAGAACACCUCCACCUGCCUCUUCCUCCAGUGACAGUGAGGACGAGACCAGAGAACAAACUACAGGUUGUGACUCACCUUUCAGUGUUGGAAGUGUGAAAGUAUCUUUUGCUCCUCGGAGAGCUCUCAACGUUCACUUGGACAACUCAGCUCAGCUCAGCACAGAUCAGAACGCAUGGAGAUCCAACAGCACUAAAUACCAAGUAGAAGAUAGAAGUUUUUCCCAGACCUGGGGACGACUGGACACCAAACCACCCCAGGAAUCACCACCUGCCUCAUCCAGUGACAGUAAGGAAGAAACUAGCGAACACAUAAACAAACAAACAAAGGUUCCAGUUAAUCGUGACUCAUCUUUCAGUGUUGGAGGUGUUCCAGUAUCCUUAGCUCCGAGGAGAGCUCUCAACAUCCACUUGGACAACUCAUCCAGCAACACAGAUGAAUACGCAUGGAGAUCCACAAGCACCAAAUACCAGGAACAGGAAAUCAAAUCUGCUUCUCCACCUGAGAUCCCCAGAACACCUCCACCUGCCUCUUCCUCCAGCGACAGUGAGGAUGAGACCAGAGAACAAACUAAGGUUCCAGAGAAUCGUGACUCAUCUUUCAGUGUUGGAGGUGUUCCUGUGUCCUUUGCACCUAGGAGAGCUCUCAACAUCCACUUGGACAACUCAUCUAAUCUUAGGACAGAUGAAAUUGGAUGGAGACCCACAAGCACCAGAUACCAGGAAGAGGAUAUCAAAUUGUCUUCUGCUCUUGAGAUCCCCAGAACACCUCCACCUGCCUCUUCCUCCAGUGACAGCGAGGACGAAACUAGCGAACAGAUUAACAGACAAACUAAGUACGAUAAGGACUCACCUUUCAGUGUUGGAGGUGUGAAAAUGUCCCUUGCUCCUAGGAGAGCUAUCAACAUCCACUUGGACAGUUCAACUCAGCUGAGCACAGAAGAAAAAGCAUGUAGACCCACAAGCACCAAAUACCAGGGAGAAGAUAGAAGUUCUUCCCAGACCUGGAGACAUCUGGACAUUCAGGUACCCCAGGAAACUCCACCUGAGAUCCCCAGAACACCUCCACCUGCCUCUUCCUCCAGCGACAGUGAGGAUGAGACCAGAGAACAAACUAAGGUUCCAGAGAAUCGUGACUCAUCUUUCAGUGUUGGAGGUGUUCCUGUGUCCUUUGCACCUAGGAGAGCUCUCAACAUCCACUUGGACAACUCAUCUAAUCUUAGGACAGAUGAAAUUGGAUGGAGACCCACAAGCACCAGAUACCAGGAAGAGGAUAUCAAAUUGUCUUCUGCACUUGAGAUCCCCAGAACACCUCCACCUGCCUCUUCCUCCAGUGACAGCGAGGACGAAACUAGCGAACAGAUUAACAGACAAACUAAGUACGAUAAGGACUCACCUUUCAGUGUUGGAGGUGUGAAAAUGUCCCUUGCUCCUAGGAGAGCUAUCAACAUCCACUUGGACAGUUCAACUCAGCUGAGCACAGAAGAAAAAGCAUGUAGACCCACAAGCACCAAAUACCAGGGAGAAGAUAGAAGUUCUUCCCAGACCUGGAGACAUCUGGACAUUCAGGUACCCCAGGAAACUCCACCUGAGAUCCCCAGAACACCUCCACCUGCCUCUUCCUCCAGCGACAGUGAGGAUGAGACCAGAGAACAAACUAAGGUUUCAGACAAUCAUGACUCAUCUUUCAGUGUUGGAGGUGUUCCUGUAUCCUUCACUCCUAGGAGAGCUCUCAACAUCCACUUGGACAACUCAUCUCAUCUGACAGAUGAGAACACAUGGAGACCCACAAGCACCAAAUACCGUGAGGAAGACAUCAAACCUGCUUCUCGUUUGUCAUCAUACAAUAAUUCCACCUCUUCCUUCAGCUCUGCCUACCACUCCACACACCCCUACCAUAGCGUUACCUUGGACACCGUGACUCCCACCAGUCCUGGGGGAGACCAACAGCAGACAGACGUCUGAUGGGGGUCGGGUUGGGUUCCGUCCUAGAGCCCUCCCACUCUGUGUAUCAGUGUCAUUUGAUUAUGUAACAUCAAUACACUCUCCUCAUUGAGAAAAUUAAUUUCGGUAUUGAUGGACGGACAUGGAGAUAUUUUGAUUUACAUUUUAUUACAAUCCCAGAAUGCUACUCUCCUUACUCUGUAAACUAUCAACAGUUAUUUUUAUAACCCGAUUAUAUCUUUUGUAAACAGUACUAAAUUACGUCUGAGAGAUAACAAAAAUGUUAGUCCUACUAAUGCAUUCCAUAACCUUCUCUAAUCAUCAUGUAUAUUUGUAUUGAUACAGUACUUUGUCAAGAUACACAAACCAAUAGAAGACAGUAUUUGUCAAACAGCACUGCCUUACUGAUGUGAUCACGUCUAUGACUUGAUAAAUUAUUAACAUAAACAAUA